GAGAGGGGCUCGGGCUGGGGCAGCCUCGGGGCGCUGCGGGGCCAAACUCAGCCCCUUCCUCCCCUCCUCCUCCUCCUCCCCGUGCCCCUGCAGGACAGCCAUGUGCGUGGGGAAGUGCAGCCGGAUCGUGGGGCCCUGCCUGCUGGUGCUGGGCACGCUCUCGGCGGCAGCCAGCAUCCUCCUGCUGUUCCCCGGCGGAGCAUCCCGGUACCUGCGGGAGGGGCGCAUCGGCAGCCACGCCCGCGCCCUGCCGGGGCUCUGGGGCGGCAUCGCCGUGCUGCUGGCAGGGACCCACGUCACGGCGCUGGGCUGGCAGCGCUGCGGCUGCUCCGCCCGCCACAGCGCGUUCCUGUCGGUGCUGCUGUCCAAGCUGGCGCUGCUGGGCGCUGCCGCCUGCUUCGUGCUCUGCGGCGUGGGGCUGACCAACGGGCCCCUGUGCCUCUACAACAGCCCCGGGCCCGGGCACCCGGCCCUCUGGGGCUACCCCUUCCUGGAUGCCACUGAGCAGGGGCCUGACGCCAGGGCUGAGAACUACCUGUACAACCGGAGAACCUGGAGCGUCUGCCUGGAGCCCGAGGGCAUCGUCACCUGGCACGUGGUCCUGUUCUCCCUCCUGCUGCUCAUCAGCGUGGCCGAGAUGGUGCUGGCCCUGCUGCAGAUCCUCAAUGGCUGCCUGGGCUGCCUCUGCGGCUUCUGUGACGGCAAGUAGGGCCCGUGGCAGUGCCAGGAGGAGGUGUCACCUUGGUGUCACCUGGGCUGUCACUUGGCUGCUGGCACAGGGGGCACAGCAGAGCUGUGACACCAGCCUGGUGCAAGAGCCGUGUGAGACUGAGAGAGCCCCCGUGGGGGAUGGACACCCAGGGGCUGAAGAGCCAAGGGCUCUCCUGUGCAGACCCCCUGGCCAGGCCAGGUCCCUUCCCCUGGGGCUGGCGGCUGUUUGGGGUUGGGAGCUGGCCUGGUAAGGGAUGGAGGUGAGGACCUGGCUUCCAGCACCCCGGCAUGAGCCCAGCAGCUGCCUCAGCCCCCCUCGUGGUACUGAAAGGAGCAGAGAAGCCAUUUCCUGAGCCAGCCUGGAGCAUUAGAAAGCAGACACUCCUUAUCACAGAGCUGGACACACGCAGGAUGUCUCCUGUAAGCGAAUGUGUGUUGUGGAGCUUCACAGCAGGGCUUUGCUCCAUCAUGAUCAGACAGGUUCAUUCCUAGAGAGCAAUAAACAUCACUUUUCCUAGAAGCAGUUUACAUGCCUCCAUCCCUCCCUGGAAGUCCUCUUUUGAUCCUAGAGGGUUGUCUGCAGGGGCGUCUGCUGGUUGUACUCACUGAGUGCCCCACGCUGUGACCUUGCCUUGAAUGUCUCUCAGGGCACAAGCUGCUGUUUCUUGUAAAAUAACUUUGCCACAGAAGUCACCAUGUUCCUCAUUACCUGUUUCUCCACUGGUUCCAGCUGUGUUUAGCAUCCUGUCUGCCUACUUUUACACCUUUUUAUAUCACUUGCUAGUUAGUCUUUAAGUUCUAUUUUGCAACUUCAGCAGAGCUGAGAAUUUUUAUUCUACAUAUUGUCUCUCAUUUGUCAGCCUCCACCCACCCCGGUGGAAAAUGAGACAUGGUGGUGUCACAGAGUGAAGAGCUGGACACUCCUGUUAAUCAGUUUUGUUAAUCAGUUCAUAUUUAGGGUAGCUGAG